UUGAGGUUAUGAUUUUCAAAUCAAAUGAUAAGGGGAGAAAUGAAAAAAUGUUUAUUUUGUAUAAAUGAAGUAGACUAUAAUGCUUCCAGCAUUUGUUUUGUUAAUUAGAUGAUCACGUUUCCAGCAAUAAUUUAUAUAAUGAAAGUUAAGUUAUGAUGAUAAUAAUAUUAUAGCAUAUUUAAAAUGAUUACCAUACACUGGACUUUCUCAAGAAUACCUGCAUACUCUUAUUACUUCAUUAAAACAUUUUUCCAAAAAUGCCUGGUUACAUUUCGCUCCCUUACCUACAAUCAUUUUAUGGACCAAAGUUAUGCAGCAGAUGUUUGCAUGGAACCUAUGUUUUGGUUUGUAGAUAACUUUACCCAUGCUAUUGGACCUAUAUUUGUUGUUGCUGUAAUAGGUUUAACUGCAUCAGUAGUUUUAAUAGCUUAUUGGAUAGGCAUUCCAUAUUGGUGGAAUAGAAAUACAGUAGUCUGCAUUCUUCUAGUCAGUAUAGGACACUGGAUCCUUUUGAACAUAUGUUUUCAUUACUACAUGGGUGUAGUCACUCCUCCAGGCUUUCCCCCACAAGGUGAACUUAUAACAGAGGCUGUUAGUAUAUGUAAGAAAUGCAUUUCUCCUAAACCUCCAAGAACACAUCACUGUUCUGUAUGCAAUCGAUGUAUUUUAAAAAUGGAUCAUCACUGCCCUUGGUUAAAUAAUUGUGUAGGUUACAGGAAUCACAGAUAUUUUUUUCUCUAUAUGGUAUAUAUGGUAGUAGGAGUAUUAUUUAUAAUAUGUUGUGGAUUUGAUAUUGCCUAUACAGCCAUUUUUCUAACAUCUGUUGAUUCAGAUGAACCGGAACUAGAGGGACAUCCUGUAAAAUUCAACCAAACUGGAGCUCUCAUACCUGUGACUGACAUAGAGUAUUUAGAUACUUCGCUUUUGGAUGAUGAGCCAAAUGAGGAAUAUAUAAGCCCUUGGAGACGGAGAGCUAUUGUCUAUAUGACCCUUAUCAAUUGUGGCGUUUUUUUGGCGUUGGGCAUGUUAUCACUGUGGCAUGGACAAUUGAUAAGCAAAGGUGAAACGAGUAUAGAGGCAAAUAUAAAUAAAGCAGAAACCAUACGAAUGAAGGAAUUGGGUAGAACAUAUGCAAAUCCGUAUAAUUUUGGUAAAAGUAAAAACUGGAAAAUAUUUUUGGGACUUGUUCAAGGAAGGUCAUUUGCGAAGUACGUAUUAUUACCAUCAGCUCAUGAACCUCUAGGGGAUGGAUUAAAGUGGCAUACUAUUCAUGAUGAGUUGUUUGAUGAGUGGCCUUAGUCUCUAAACAAGGCAAACAAUUUUUAUUUAAUACUUUAAACAUUUGUACGUACUAAGAAAAUACAUCUUCAGUCCUUUAAAUUAGCAAAAUAAUUCUAAUUUUGUGCUAUCAUUUUUUUGUUGAUGCACCAAAACUAAUGCUAGAAUGAAGAUAUAUGUGACCUGGUCUAUGAAAAGGGGGCUUACAUGUGAAACCAAGUUUUCGACAAAACAGCUUUUAAAGACAAACAAGUAAAAAAUUUGUUUCGUCAGAUUCUCGUUAAUUGUUCCCUUUUCUCCGGGUUGCCUGGUAUCUACCUAUAU